UCUCGCCAUCGCUCCGGGGCCCGGCCCCGCCGCUCCCGACCGCCACAUCCCUGCCGGGGCCGGCCUCGGCCUCACGCCCAACCCCGAGCAGGAAUCCCCCAAAGAGCAGCGGCAGCCGCGGGCUCUGCCGCCGUCCCCUCUGCAGCCGCCAGAGCCGCCUACGCGACGGGAGAGUGCCUUGGGAGCAGAGGGCGUGCCGUGCCCCGCCCCGCCCCUCGCGGCCAAGCCCCGCCCCUCGCAAGCACGGCGGGAGAGCGAACCGCAGCGCCCCAGCAGGCAGUGCUGGCGGAGACGGGGCCGCCUCGGGGCGGAGCCGCGGCGCUGCGGAGGGGGGGGCGGGAUCACCUCGGGCUGCAGGUCCGCGGCUCCCGCCCGCAGGCGCGGCCUGCACACGCACACGCACACGCACACGCACACGCACACGCACACGCACUCGCACUCGCACUCGCACUCGCACUCGCACGCACCCGGCACGGAGCGCGCGCGCGCCAGCGGGGCGCGUGCCCGCGGCCAGUCAGCGCGCCGGGGGUAGCUCCGCGAGUGCGCGCGCGGCCUCCCGCAGGGGUGCGCGCCCGCUUUCCCGGCCAAUCAGCGCGCCGGGGGGAGUUCCACGCGCGCGCGGUGUGCCCCGCGCUGACUCUCGCGAUAGCGGCGAGGGGCGCGGCCGGCGCGCGAGGAAGCGGAGGGUGA